AUGGCAACCAAUCCAGAUAUUGAGUCAGACAUUCCCCAUGAGGUGUACUCCUUCUUCAGGGCCUUGAAUAAGGCAGUUGAUUCAUGGGAUACAAACUUACUGCAUGAUAUGUACGAGAACCAGUUCCCAAGUUUUACACAGAAUUUUUAUGUUGCAGGCCCAGGUCAGUUCCGCCCAUGGCCGUCGCUUCGUAUUAAGGCAGUCUCUGAUUGCUUUAAGAAUCGCACAGCAGAACAGUUGUACUCCUUUUUGCGUUUCAAGCAUCUUUUUACUGACCGAGCUGUGAAAUUGAGCGACGCCAAAUCUUCUUGGGAGACGUUCAGCAAUCUCUUUACUGCUCUCCCAUCAGGAAGCUGCGAUGUUCCAAAUUGGCUUCUCUGGGACAUAUUUGAUGAAUUUUUGUUUCAAAUGACUGUGGUUUAUCAGAAGCGUUUUGCAGGACGAGUUGAGUGGUCGGUGAGUGAAGCAGUACAAAUGCUUCAGAGAGUCGUUGCUGAAUCAGGUAUUGAGGAAGCUAUUCAAACGGAAAAUCCUGAUGAAAUCACUAAACCUGGAGCGAAACACGCCCAAUGGAUGUGCGGAUUUUUUGGAAUUAUUACCCUAGCCAAGAUUGAUGUGCUGCUAGGUGACUACAAUGGCGCAUUGAGUACUUUGGAAACGCUGGAUAUCUAUGGUCGUGGAAGACAGGUUCUAUUAACUAUUGCCCCUGCAAACGUUUCACUCUUGUACCAUGUGGGUUUCAGCUACCUUAUGCUUCGACGCUACGCAGAUGCCAGUCGUGUUUUCCGCCUAAGUCUAUCUACAAAGGUUGGAAAUCGCAAAUUUUCAGAGAAAAUGCAACUUGACUGUGCUUAUAUGCACGUUAUUUCAUGCAUAUUGGGUGGUAUGCAGCCAGAUAAUUUAAGUUGGUUAAUGGAACCACGAAAACUCUCAGCCUUUGAAGAUGAUAAGGAACUUCUUGCAGCUGGUGAUGAGGAACGAUUCCGUGAGGUAUUUGAUCGGUGUAGCCCAAAGUUCCUUGCUGUUCCACCCAUAACUACUAGUGUGUACAAGGGAACUGAAGGUAAAGAGCUUCAGGCGCGUCUUUUCCGUCGAACCGUUAAACAACAAGAGGAUAUAAUUAAACUGCGCGGUUACCUUGGCGUUUACCAGACAACCACCACUGAACUUGUGAAGACUAUUCUAGAUGUGGAUGAUGGAUUUGUGCCAUUGUUUGCCAUGAAGCUACGUUCACGUCAGCUUGUACAUGAUGGUGUUUCAGCAGAUCUGUUGUCAGGUACUUUUGCUGUUCGUGCAGCUCUUGACUGUACUGUUAAAGGUGAAAACAUCAAUGUUGUUCAGAAGUCUUCGUAUCGUACGACUGAAUCUAAGUACUGGAUGCGAAUUAAUAAUUUGCGCCGUCGGUACAGGCACUUCGAAAACCAGAGGCAAGAAAGACAAGAGAGACGUCAGGCGCAACAUGUUUCGAAUGUUAAUUGA